GAAGUGGUCCGUCCAAUAUUAUCUUCCUCCCUCCGUGGCAGCCACACUGUCGCAGACGAAACUGCAAUGAAACAGUAGCGAAAAACGUUACAGGGUCGCAUUAUGCUCUAGCAGUAGGUCUUGUUAAACUGGACAGCAGUAUCAGCAGCAGUCAUGGGACCAGAGGAGGGCUGUGAGGCCGAGGCGGUGGACAGUUUCUGUCCGAGUGACGAGGACGUUGAUAAAUGGAUGUCCAGCGCUUUCCACAUGGCCAGAGAAGCUCUGGAGACCGGAGAGGUGCCUGUCGGAUGUCUGAUGGUCUACAAAGAUGAAGUUGUGGGGAAGGGAAGGAAUGAAGUGAACGAGACGAAAAAUGCGACUCGACACGCUGAGAUGGUUGCUCUGGACCAGGUCCUGGACUGGUGUCGCCGCAGCAGCCUGGAUGUGAGGAGCGUGUGCGAGCAGACGGUUUUGUACGUCACCGUGGAGCCGUGCAUCAUGUGUGCUGCAGCUCUGCGGCUGCUCAAUAUCCCCGUGGUGGCGUACGGCUGCAGCAACGAGCGCUUUGGAGGCUGUGGGUCAGUUCUGGACGUCUCCUCUGCUCACUUGCCUCAGACGGGAACCAAAUUCAAGUGUGUUUCAGGUCACAGAGCAGAAGAAGCUGUAGAGAUGCUGAAGACUUUCUACAAACAGGAGAAUCCAAACGCCCCAAAACCCAAAACAAGAAAAGACUGACCUUCCAAGAAGAACCCUGUUGUAUGUUUCUUUUUUAAAAAUGUGUUUGUAUUUACCUUUUAGAAACAUUCUAAUAAUAAAUACUAUUUUAUUGAUCUAU